AUGUCUCGUGCCAAGGAGCGGCUGAAAGGCGGGAAGGAGACCAAGGACAGCGUCACUCUGCUGCCCUGCUUUUACUUUGUAGAGCUCCCUAUCCUGGCCUCCUCAGUGGUCAGCCUCUACUUCUUGGAGCUGACGGACGUGUUCCAGCCGGUGCAUUCUGGGUACAGCUGUAAUGACCGCACUCUGUCUCUGCCGUACAUCCUGCCCAGACAGGAAGUCUGCCCCCUGCUGCUUCUCUUCAGCCUGGCCUUCGCUGCUCCUACCGCCACUAUCCUGAUAGGAGAGGCCAUUUUGUAUUGCUAUUUGUCCAGGAGGUCGUCUACCACCCGGACUGAGGCUAACAUCAAUGCUGCCGGGUGUAACUUCAACUCCUACAUCCGCAGGGCUGUACGUUUCAUAGGUGUUCAUACCUUCGGCCUGUGUGUGACCGCAUUGAUAACAGACAUACUGCAGCUCUCCACUGGUCAACACACCCCCUACUGGUUAGAUGUGUGUAAGCCCAACCUAACUCACAUUAACAUGUCCAGCUGUGAGGAGGCCUUUAUACUUGAAGACAUCUGCUCUGGACAAGAUUUAGGACUCAUCAGUGCUGGGAGGAAGUCUUUUCCUUCCCAGCAUGCAACUCUGGCAGCGUUCGCUGCUGUCUACAUUUCAAUGUACUUUAACACAGUGUUGACAGACUCCGCCAAGCUUCUGAAGCCUCUCUUGGUCUUCACUUUUGUAAUGCUAGCUAUAUUGGCUGGCUUAACAAGGAUCAUCCAGUUCAGAAACCACCCUGUUGACGUCUACUGUGGAUGGUUGCUGGGAGGAGGCAUCGCUGUCUAUCUGGGCGUGUACGCAGUGGGGAAUUUCCAGCCCAGUGAAGAUCGAUCUAGAAGGCAACCCCCCCUUCCUACGCUUAGAGAGCCCCUUCCCUUGCUCUCCAAUGUCAGCCAGUCAACAGCUGCAAACAGCCACCAAGGUCACCACACCCUGGCUCCCAGCCAACCGGAACCUAUCCUCACACGUACCUCGUCCCACACCCUGUCCCCCAACCAAUCAGAGGCAAUCCUGACACGAAGCUCCUCCUACCGCGAGGCAUCUUUGUCCAAUCUGAAGAGAGCAAGUGCCGAGGUGGAAGUGAUAACUCCCCCCAGUCCCCUGGGUAACCAUGACAACAUGAUGACCUUCAGCAGCAGCACCUUACCAAGGUCCCAUGGUGGCUCCUCAUUGGAGGAGGUUCGUGUCCCUCGUAGACAUGCCUCCAUCCAUGCAUCGAUGGAUUCCACCAGAUCCAAACAGCUCCUCAGUCAAUGGAAGAACAAGAAUGACAAUAGGAAGCUGUCACUCCAAGUGAUGGACGGGGUAAGGCCUGCCUCCUGUUCCUCCCCCCAGAAGACCAUGGAGCUGCGCUGCUCAUCUGAACCCUCUGCCAUGGGCCUGGAAGCAGAGCUUCGUGCUGGGACCCACCUACCUUCUGUCACUGGUCUGGAUGCGGAGCUUCGUGCUGGGGCCCAUAUCCCAGCUCAGUACAUAAAACUGGCAGCUAGCUCUGUUCCUCUGGCCAAUCAUAAUCAUUUAGCCCAAAAUGGCAGCAGUGGACUGGCUGGUGGGGCUAGAGUGUCUAUCCAAUCACGGCCUGGCUCCUCUCAACUAGUUCACAUUCCUGAGGAGGAUAACUUCAUCCCCAGGGACCAGGAAAGUGAAUCAGAUGAUAGUAUUGUGGAUGGGGUCAGCUCAGUAAGGGAGAAGUGGUUGAGAGUAGCUGAGAAAACCAAUGUCCCCUGUCGGCCGCUCAGUGCAGGGGGACAGCCUCGUUUAAUGCAGGUGAUCGCCUUGUCAAAGCAGCAGGGCCUCCUCCACUCUCCUCGCUCGGAGGACGGGGGGAGCACCGUCAGCUGCACCGGAUCCAUCCGCUACCGAGCCCUGACCGACCAGGACCCCUCGCCACCCGCCUCCACCACAGGAGCAGUCGGAGGAGGAGGAGGUUUGGAGAGAACUGGUAGUAUAGUCCGUGUGGAGGCUCAUCCGGAGUCCCGGGCACACAAACCGAUUGUCAAACCGCCCAGCACCGAUGGCAGUGGCUCCUGGAGGUGGAAACCGCCGGAGCAGCGAUCGUCUCUCCGCCAGUCGGCUUUCACCCUCAACGACCUCAACAGACACACAGACAGCUGCGAUUCGCUGAGGGAAGGAGGAGGCUCACUGGACGGCCGUAGGAGUGUGACAUGGACCGAACUAGAGAGCGAUGGAGGGGCAGGAGGAGGAGGAGGAGAGGGAGGAGGUGUGUACUCCCACCAUCCACAUGUUGUGCAUCCCUUGCAUCCUUUACACCCUGAUAACCCCAAUAACCUCCAGCAGUCCAACUUUAACCCCAACAACUGCGGCAACCCUAACUUUAACAACAUUCACUUCAACCCCAAUUCUAACAACCUCAUCUCAUCAUUUUCACCCAGCGCAAUCUUUGCCCCUCCCUUCCACCCCCACCCCCAGGCCAUGACAACGAUCAGAGUCACCCCUGUGGAGGGGACCGCUGUUAGCAGUGAUGGCGGCUCUGACUGCCAAUCGGUGGCCUCCUCCAGCCGCGAGUCCACCCUGAGGAGGAAGAGCAGUGCCAACAUUGUCCAUGUCUCCGAUCGAGGGCCCAGCCCCGAUCUCCACAGCAACCACCGUCUCUAUGACAACGGGAACCGCCUGGACAAUGAGAGCGGCGUCCGUUUCUAUGACAACCCCAAUAGCCGUUACCAAGACAACCCUAAUCCCCUAAACAGGCAGCUACAGGGGAUCUAUGGCCGCCCAGGCCCAACACCUCCCCCGACUCUGCCACGCCCAGUUCUGACUCACACGCCACCCCCUACCUUGGGGUUGGCCUAUAAAGAAUGAGCCGCAAAUUGAAUUUAUCUCUGUGAUAUCAGUUCAGUUUGUCCUUUGACUAGCUGAUACAAAAUGGUAGAGACAUGUGGCUGGAGCCAAUAGUAUAAAGCUUAUGCUCCUUUAUAUUGGUACAUGGUAAUUUAGAUUGUUAAA